AUGGCGAAGCUCACAGAUCUCCCUACAGAGUUACUACAAAUGAUUGCAACUGCAGAAGGAUACUUCGAUGAAAUACUGAAAGAGAGGGACCUGGCUAGACUAUCCGUAGUCAAUCGACAGCUACAUAACGCAACAAAUCGCAUCUUCUUCUCCUAUGGUAUUCACAAGGGAAGCAACCCCCCCUCUUAUGCGGCACGGCACGGAAAUGUUCAUAUUUUGAAGGCCAUGGUCGCAUUCCGUCUAGAGCCCACAUAUUGGCAUUACGUAUUACUGGAAGCAUGUGUAAACGGUCACCUCAAUAUUGUCACCUGGAUACUAGACCGCGGUAUCAAACUAGAAGACCACGGAAUGCCACUAAUUGGCGAUUCAGACUACCGGCGCCAUAACUGGCUGAUAUCCUCUUCGGAUUGGCAGAUGGAUCGUGGACGGUUUUAUGAGCUCCCCGUUCUUCAGGAAGGAUGCGUCGCGUUGAAGGUUGCAAUCGACGAAUUAAACCAGGAUAUAGUUUUAUUCUUAUUAUCACAUGGCGCCAAUCCCUUCUUCGUCACAAAGGAAGGCAAAUCAAUAUCAGCCUUGCACCAGGCUGCGCGUGCCAAUAUGGUCAAAGUUGUGGAGUAUCUUAUACAGAAAACAGGGCUAUCUGUUGAUCUACCUGAUUAUCGCGGGCUUACUCCCCUACGUUACGCAGUAAAAUACUCAUAUAAUCGGGACCGAGACACUGAGAUGCUGGAGAAACUAAUAGAGCUUGGAGCAAAUGUCAACAGUGAAGUUCGUGGUGAGCUCCCACUUACGUCGGCACUGUCAAGAGCAAAGUAUAAGCAUGCCUCUAUGUUGCUUGAUGCUGGGUCGAAAAUUGUACCAGACAAGCCACUCCCAAGAGUCAGGCUCCCUAUCCACGCCCUGAUAUACGGCUCCAAAGGAGUCCCAUACAAGUGUCCGAGGCAGAUUGCUCUACUCCACAGGAUUGUCGACGCUGGUGCUGACCUACAAAAGAAAUACACACGGGGCCAUACACCAUUGAGGGAGGCAUUGUUGCACGGAAGCGAGAGUCUAUUAUCACACCUCCUACGGAUACUCGGCGAGGAGCAACCACAUCCGGAUGAUCUUCUAGAUGUAUUGGUAUGGGCUUAUAAGGACGUGCACCAUUUUCCCAGGAAAGUGGAAGUGGUAUUGAAAUGGGGUGCUAGAAUGGACACCGUUUUAAGCAAUGGCCAAACAUUCCUCUUCUGGGUGAUCAGGAACAGCACUAUCAAAACCGACUUCUUGGACAAGCUCUUAACCAAAGCGACCGAUGCUAUGCUUGACCGCGGUUAUCUCGACGAUCUUCUGGUAGAACUCACCAGCUCCGCUAAUGGAGUGAGAGACUCAUAUGACUUUUCAGAGAUUCUGUAUGAGCAUGGCGCCAGAAUUAAAAGCCUCGAUCAUCGAUAUAAUGUCUCCUUAUACACCAUAAGCGCUCAUCGGACGGUGCAGGACUGGCUGAUUGAAGGGUUCGAUAUGUUGCCGACCGAGAAAAUGGGUCUCCUAUUUAUAGGUGCUAUGGAACGGAAUUUUGAAAAACUUGCCUACAAUUUAUUAGACCUUAUUGAGCCUAAUAUUUCAGAGCUGGACCCUAGGUGGUUAUAUGAAGCUGCUAGACUUGGUCUCUUCAACAUUAUCACUAGGCUCUUAAAGUACGCUAAGAGUUCCGAUUUGAAUGUUGUGCAAGAGUCAACUACAGUGUUGGCAAUGUUAGUAUACAACACCCGCGAUUACGAAUGUGCUCUUGAGGUAAUGGAACACGGUGCUAAUCCAAUCUUGCCUACCAACCAUCCAGUCUGUGAUGGUAGGAAAUUUCGAUACUGGUACAGAAUAACCCCAAGAGCAUCAGCUUUCGAGAUAGGAUUACAUCAAGGUAUCCCGUUCGAAGUCAUCCAGAAGAUGUGGCAAAAGAUUGAUCCCGAGGCCCGACCUGACCCGAAGGCAUUUAUCCGAUGUGUCUGCAAUGAAGAACACAAGGAAGGCUAUCACUCUGAAGUAGUAGCGUGGUUGGAAAAGUUAACUGUGAAGGAUGACAAGGCGACUCAAGAUGAAGGGGUGGUCCAAGAGGUUUGA